GCAGAACCUUUCUGGCGCGGUGCGACGCGCGAGUUAGUACGUCACUUCCGGCGGGGCGGAGAAGGCGGGAGAGUGAGGGAAAGACUGGAAGACGAGCCAGCAGGAUGUUUCCUCAGUGAGAGGAAGGCUGUUGCACAAUGGCAGUUUUUGACACCCCGGAGGAGGCCUUUGGCGUCUUGCGUCCUGUCUGUGUUCAACUCACCAAGGCCCAGACAGUGGAGAACGUGGAGCGUCUGCAGGCACAGUUACAGGCCGUGAGUGACUCUGCCCUGCAGGAGCUUCAGCAGUACAUCCUCUUCCCUUUGCGAUUUACCCUGAAGACCCCGGGUCCCAAAAGAGAGCGCUUGAUCCAGAGUGUGGUGGAAUGCCUCACGUUUGUCCUCUCUUCAACAUGCGUGAAGGAACAAGAACUUCUCCAGGAGCUCUUUUCGGAGCUCUCUGCCUGCCUGUAUUCACCCACCUCCCAAAAACCUGCAGCUGUGUCAGAGGAGAUGAAGUUGGCUGUGAUCCGGGGCCUCAGCACAUUAAUGCACUCGGCUUAUGGGGACAUCGUUCUGGCUUUUUAUGAGCCCUCCAUUCUGCCUCGUUUAGGAUUUGCUGUAUCUUUACUAUUAGGCCUAGCAGAACAGGAAAAAUCAAAACAAAUUAAAACAGCUGCUUUAAAAUGUUUACAGGUUCUACUCUUUCAAUGUGAUUGUCAAGACCAUCCGAGGUCCUUGGAUGAGCUUGAGCAGAAGCAGCUGGGGGACUUGUUUGCCUCUUUUUUACCUGGAAUCUCAACUGCACUGACCAGGGUCAUCACAGGAGACUUUAAACAGGGGCACAGCAUUGUCGUGACGUCCCUAAAGAUCUUUUAUGAGACAGCGAGCUUCGUUAUGGCUGAUGAACAGCUCAGAAGAGUCUCAGAGGUCCAAGCAAAGCCUGCCGUGGAGCACCGAGUAGCGGAGCUGAUGGUUCACAGGGAAGCCAAUUGGGUAAAAAAUACCAGUGACAAGGUGACUGUCCUUAUUAAAAAGAUAAUUGAGUGUGUUUCAGUUCACCCACACUGGAAGGUGAGGCUGGAGCUGAUAGAACUUGUCAAGGCCCUCCUUUUGAAGUGCAGUCAGUCACUGGUCGGAUCGGCAGGUCCCCUUCUGAAGGCUUUGGUGAGUCUGGUAAAUGAUGAGAGCCCUGAAGUCCAAGCCCAGUGCAAUGAAGUCCUGAGACAUUUUGCAGACGAGAAAGUAGUGGUGGGCAGCAGAGCCAUUGCCGACGUCUUGUCUGAAAACCUGCACUCCCUCACCACGUCCCUUCCCCGCCUGAUGAACUCCCAAGACGACCAAGGCAGAUUCUCUACUCUCUCCUUGUUACUCGGGUACCUGAAACUCUUGGGCCCCAAAGUGAACUUUGUCCUCAACUCUGUGGCCCAUCUCCAGCGCCUUUCCAAAGCGCUUACCCAAGUCCUGGAAUUAGAUGUGGCCGACAUCAAAAUUGUUGAAGAGCGGCGUUGGAACUCCGACCAUCUGAGUGCUUCUGCAGAGACUCUAGCCUCCCAGCCGUGGAGUCGCAUCCAGAGGAGGUAUUUCCGCUUCUUCACCGACGAGAGGAUUUUCCUGCUCUUGAGGCAGGUGUGUCAGCUCCUUGGUUUUUAUGGGAACCUCUAUUUGCUUGUGGAUCACUUUAUGGAACUGUACCGCGAAUCUGUGGCUUACCGGAAGCAGGCUGCCAUGAUCCUUAAUGAACUGAUUGUAGGGGCUGCUGGGCUAGAGGUGGAGAAUCUUCAUGAAAGACACAUUAAAACAAGCCUGGAGGACCUGCGAGAGAUCGUGACAUCUAUACUUGAGGAAUACAUAAGCCAAGAAAACUGGUAUUUGGUCACUUGUAUCGAAGCUGAAGAAGUGGGAGAGGAGCUGACGGUGAGGCAGUCAGGCCUGCAGGCCCUCACAUCUGGUGCACACACCCGCCAGCUCCUCUCUUCUCCUGCCUUCUCACAGCCAAGUCCCACUAUCUGCUCCAUGAACAGCAACAUCUGGCAAAUAUGCAUCCAGUUGGAAGGGGUUGGCCACUUUGCACGCGCACUAGGAACAGACUUCCGUUUGCUCUUGAUGUCGGCCCUCUAUCCAGUACUGGAGAAAGCUGGAGACCAGACACUGCUCAUCAGUCAGGCGGCCACCGGCGCCAUGAUGGACAUUUGCCACGCUUGUGGCUACGAGUCCCUGCAGCACCUGAUCAAUCAAAACUCAGACUAUUUGGUGAAUGGGAUCUCUUUAAAUCUGCGUCAUCUGUCUCUCCACCCCCAUACGCCAAAGGUCUUGGAAGUCAUGCUGCAGAACUCAGAUGCUAGCCUACUUCCGUUGGUGGCAGAUGUGGUUCAAGACGUCUUGGCCACCCUGGACCAGUUUUACGAUAAGAGAGCUACUUCCUUUGUCAGUGUACUGCACGCCCUGCUGGUAGCAUUAGCCCAAUGGUUCCCAGAUGCAGAUAAUCUCGGGCAACUACAAGAGCAGAGUGUAGGGGAAAAGGAAAGUCAUUUGAGCCGAAGACCAGCAGCUCUUGAGAAAGGACUUGAGAAUACCACAACAGCUGAAGACAUCGAACAGUUUGUGCUGAACUACCUCAAGGAAAAGGAUGUGGCAGAUGGAAAUGUCUCAGAUUUUGAUAGUGAAGAAGAGGAGCAGUCAGACCCUCCCAGAGUGAAUGAGGAUGACACGGGUCCCGAUGUGGAGCCACCACUGCCCGUGCAGAUCCAAAUAGCCGUGGACGUGAUGGAGCGCUGCAUCCACUUGAUGUCAGAUAAAAAUCUGAAAAUCCGCUUGAAGGUCUUGGAUGUGCUGGAUCUGUGUGUAGUGGUUCUGCAAUCCCACAAGAACCGGCUCCUUCCCUUGGCUCAUCGGGCCUGGCCCUCACUCGUGCACCGACUCACAAAUGAUGACCCCCUAGCAGUGCUCAGAGCCUUCAAGGUUUUGGGUACCCUGGGAGGCAAGUGUGGCGAUUUUCUAAGGAGCCGGUUCUGCAAAGAUGUCUUGCCAAAGCUGGCUGGCUCCUUAGUCAGCCAGGCUCCCGUCAGUGCCAGGGCUGGACCAGUUUACUCCCACACACUGGCAUUCAAGUUGCAGCUGGCCGUCUUGCAGGGCCUGGGCCCUCUCUGUGAGAGACUGGACCUAGGUGAGGGUGACCUGAAUAAAGUGGCUGAUGCCUGCUUGAUUUACCUCAGCGCCAAACAGCCCGUGAAAUUACAAGAGGCUGCCAGGAGCGUUUUCCUCCACUUGAUGAAGGUAGACCCAGACGGCACCUGGUUCCUCCUGAACGAACUUUACUGCCCAGAGGACUUCAUACCUCCCCACCCCAGCCUCCACCCUGUGCAGCUGCGGGGGGCCACUGGGCAGCAGAACCCAUACACGGCCAGUGUGCUCCACCUGCUCCAGGAGCUACAGUGACCCCCGCCCCCACCGGUGGGCAGUGGAUGCCAGAGGAGGUCCCCUUCCUCCCCUGCCAAGGACGAGGACCUGGGACCAACCCCACCCUGGCCAAGGGCGGUGGCAGCAGCAGCAGAGAAGACUGCAAAGGUGGAUUAGACAGCCAAUCAAUUUAUAAAUUGAUCGAUCACACAACUGCUUAGAAAUUGGGUUGAAGGAAAGUGGCUGACUGUUAUUUAUAUUUCAUACCUGGUGUUUUCAAAUGACAUUGUCUGGCAGCUCUAAGGGCUUAACUCCUUAGUUUACCAUCUCUGCUGCCCAGCUGCCUCACAGGCCACCCCUCACACACCUGCGGCUCUCUGACUGACACACACCCACACCCGAGGGGGAGCUUGAGGACACUUCUGACAGAGGCCUGUACUACGCAUCGUGUGUGUCCUGAGUGCCUGAGGACCGCGUGGAAGUGUCCUGCAUCCAAGAGUUUUCAGAACACUGGCCUGGAACGCAGAUUUACAUGCCUCCAUCUCCAAUAAGGAAUGAACUCUUUGCACCUAACCUGUUCUUUGGAAGAAAGUGAAAUAAAGGCACUUCUCAGAUGAAGAGUAUGAUCAAGA